AUUAAAAAUAUUUAUUUAACUCUUAAUCAUAAGUUACAUAAUCAAUCUUUUUCAAAAAAUAUAUAAAAAGAAUAAAAUUAAAACAUAACCUCACAAAAACCUAACCUCAAAAAAAAAGUAAUGUGUUAAUAAAAGAAAAUGACUUCUAACUUAUUAAAAAGUACCCAAAAGCUUUUAAAUUUCACAUUACAAACGAGGCGAUAUAAGUCAUCUAACCCACCUAUAAUAACAUGUUUUAGAAAAGAUUUCAAUAUGUAUCAAAACACAACUUACGAAAAAUUGAAAGAAAUCCCAUUGGCAUCCAAAGGUUGGGCUCAUAGAAAAGCAGCAGGGGAUUAUUUUAUGAUACACGCCCAGCAAGAUAAUUAUGAUAAACCAAGCAUUAACUUUAAUGAGCUUAAUAUACAAAAUUCUUUAAUAAAAGUAUUAAACUAUAACAAUAUUGAACAAGCAACAAGUUUUCAAGCCAAUACAAUUCCUGUAAUACAAUCCGGACAACAUGUUAUGAUGGCUGCUGAGACAGGGUGUGGUAAAACGAUCGCCUAUUUAUUACCAAUUAUUCAAAAUGUAGCCAAAGAAAAGGCGAAUGAUUUAAAUACCCCAAAAGCUUUGAUUGUCGUACCAAAUAGAGAAUUAGCAUUUCAAAUAGGAGAUGUAGCAAAACCACUUUGUGAUGCAAUGAAUGUAAGUAUUCAUGUUUUGGUUGGGGGAAGAACAAAAAAAAUGAUGAUUAACCCCUUAUUCGACGAUAUAGACAUCUUAAUUGCAACACCAGGUGUAAUAGGAAAACUAAGUACAGCUGGUAUAUAUAAACUUAAAGAUGUAGCACACACCGUUUUUGACGAAGCUGACACCUUACUCGAUGAUAGUUUUAAUGAUAGAAUUGGUUUAAUUACUAAAAGGGUUUCUCAAUCUCAAUUUAUUUUAGUUUCUGCUACUUUACCUAAAAAUAUACCAGAUUUCUUACAACCCAUCACUGAACAGUUGGUUACUAUAAAAUCAGAUCGAUUACAUCGGCCUUUAUUGAAUGUAAAUCAAAAAUUUUUAAGACUUUCACAAUCUGCACGACCUGGCCAUUUAUUAAGCAUUGCUAAGAAUGCGAAAUCAAAAUUAUUAAUUUUUACCAACCGAAAUGAAUCUUGUAAUUGGCUCGCAAUGUUUUUACGAGAAAACGGCUUAAAAUGCGCCAAUAUUAACGGAGAAAUGAAUUAUCAUAUUCGAGUUGACCAAUGGAAACAAUUUAUUAACGACGAAGUGAAAAUUUUGUCAUCAACGGACGUUGGAAGCCGCGGUUUAGAUAUAAAAGAUGUUAAACAUGUUAUUAAUUAUGAUUUUCCUUUAUAUGCCUCUGAUUACAUUCAUAGAGUAGGAAGAACGGGACGAUUGGGUAGUUUGGAUAGUUGUAAAAUUAGUAAUUUUAUUUGUGGACUUCGAGAAAUUAAAUUAGUUCAACAAAUUGAAUUAUCUGUUCGAACAAAUACGGAAAUUCCUAAUGUUGAUGGUAAUAUUAAAGCUUUAGUUGAGAAAGAAAUAAUGAGAAAAAUACGAGAAGUUGGAUGAGGUUUUAUAUGAAAAAUAAAUAAAAAUUUAAUAUUAAAA